UUAUCAGUUAUUGCGGCCAUUGUCUGCUUCCCUGUAGCGCCAAGACUAAGGAUAUAAUGCCUAUUCUUAACAAAAAGGCCGGUUAUCCACUCGACACGCCAUUGGAGUUGUAUGAGGAGGUGAAACCCAAUAUGGUUGAGCGCAUAGAGGACUUGGAGGCGCCGCUCAACAAAGUGUUGGACGAACUGAUGGACGGCGACAUCAUUGUGUUCCAGAGGGCGGACCUCACGCUGGGACCCGAAUGUGAAUUACCAAACGUUAAGGAGUACUUCAAGGAUCUACUGUUCAGAGUGGAAGUGACGUUCUGUGAUAAGACUAAUCCAACGGAUCCCGGAUUUAUAAUCGAGUUGUCACUCAAAAUGAAUUACGAACAGAUCGCUCAGGCGGUUGCCACCAGACUCGGCACCGAUCCCUAUUUGAUUCAGUUCUUCAAGAAUCAAAGCUACCGGGACGGACCCGCCGGCCCCCUCAGGUGUAACUACGACGGCACGCUUAAGGAUAUACUGGUUUACUACAAGCCUCGGCAACCAAAGAAAAUAUACUAUCAACAGGUA